CCACGCCCCACACAGGUGUGCUCAUUUAGAGGUUAACGAGCAUCUUUUACGGUCUGAUUAGAGAAAGCAGGUGACUGUUGCGUGUUCGGCGGCGUCAUGUGUAGUAAGCGUUCCCCAAAUCACACGAUGGGUGACUCAGAACAGCAACAAGAAGCAGAGAGAGUGUGUGAUGCUCCGUGGCCUGAGAACGGAGACGACUGGAGUGAUGCAGAGAAUGAGACCGUUAUGGACUGUGAGCUCCUGCAGGCCAUGGCAGAGGAGGACGAGGACAUCAACGUCUACAACGAGGAGACGUUUGGGAUGGAUCUAGACACGAAUGGGCCGACAGACGGCGUUCCAUUUGGAGAGCCUCUUCUUGCAACGCCACCACCAGAACCAGACCCCAAACCUCCAUCCCUCCCUAGCCUCCCCUCAACCCCUCCCACCCAGAAGCCUCCAUUUCUGCUCAGAUCUGCGCCGUGGCAGCGCGGCAGGGGCCGAAGGGGGGUCCUGGAUAGGGGCCGGAUGUUUGAAGACCCAGCUGUGAUGAGGGUGGUAGAGGGCCGGCCAAGCCUCAUGAGUCUGGACAGCGCUAUAGUAGACUGCGGUCACGCUCUUUACCGAAACACCUUUCGGGAGAAUAGAAUGAUGCCUGCUUACAAAAAAACCUCUGUCUCAGGAUCAAUGCUUCAGGACGAUGCCAUAGUGUGUGUGAUUGGUCACAGAGGCAGAGGUCAGCACAUGAACUCUAAUUUCAUGGAUGUACCCUGUCCCAUCUCCUCAUAUGGAGGAAGGAGAGGGGUACCCAGAGGAUCCUACUCCAGAAGAUAUUUUGGCCAACGAGUGCCUCAGAUGCAUGAGCCCAUGAUGCCAAGAUCACCAAUCUUCUCACGUCAACCUCUAACCCCUCGACAGCAUUUCAACCAGAUGGGGAACUUCGUGUUUCCUCCAAACCACCCCUGCCACUCCACUGCUCAGCCAUUAUCCCCAAAGAUAAUGCAGCUUCGUUUUGGUGCAAACUCACCAGGGCACUCCCCAUUUUACAGCCCCUCCACUAACCCUGUGGAGCCGUUCAGCAGGUGCCCUGGUCCAGUCACAAGGCUACAUCCUCAACAUAAACGACUACUCAGUCAAAAACCACACAUUUUCCAAAGGAAGUCCGAAGGCUGGGACCCCUGCUGUAAUCUCAUGACCACUAAAGAGAAGGAGUGGAUCACCCGGCUGCAGAUGAUUCAGCUGCAGAGUGAGAACCCAUAUCUUGAGGACUACUACUACCAGGAGUAUUACCGCCGUAUAGAAGCCAAGAUGGCAGAAGAAGAGCUGGGCAUCAGGAACAAGAAGGAGCCGCCGAAGCUCACCACCCCUUACAUCACAAAAACUGACACCUACACACCAGUUGUUCAUAUCGAAGGCUCUUUAGGUCAAGUUGCUGUGUCCACCUGUUACUCUCCUCGCCGUGCCAUCAGCGCAGUCCAUGCGGUCCAGGCUCAUUGUCCUGAGGAACAUAAAGACACCAGACAACAACGACUGGAGAUUCUCUGCAAAAUAGAAAAGCUGUUCAUAGCUUUGCUGGAAGUGGAGGAAAUGGAGAGAAUGAAAACCACAGUUUUAUCUGAAGCAGAAGAAAGAAGACUGAUGGAGAAAUCCCAGAGGAAGGUGGAGUGCAUCUACUCCCAGCUGCAGCAUCACAACUCAACUGCUUCAGGAGAAGAGUUUCUUCCAUUCCUGGUUGUCUCAAAAGGAAAAAAGCUUCUUGCCCGCCUGCUCCCGUUUCUGAAGCUAGAUGCAGCUCUGACGGUCCUGCACGUUGUGACCUCUAACCUUCCUAUGUUGAUGAGUAGAGACACAGAGGAGGCUCUUCCAGUCCUCUAUCCACCUCUUCGUAAUGUGAUCUGUGUUUUGACAUUCAAUCAGCUCAUUACUGUCCUCAAAGAUCUGACUUCUUCAGAGUCCCCUUCAACAUUUGAGUGCCUCUCACUGGCAUGUCAGAACAAGUUUGGACUGUCCUUGUUGUAUGCUCUCCUGUCUCACGGAGAGAAGCUGCUUUCCUCAGGAGUUCCUCUGGAGCCCAGCAUUGGAGACUUUGAGACCUGGACUGACAUAAUCUUCCAGGUGGCUGCACAGUUGUCCCAGUGCUCACUGGUGGAGCCUCUCCUGCUGCCAUCUAACCUUCUCACUCUCUUCUGUCGAUACCUCGACAAGCGCACCGUGCAUCAGCUAAAAAGCAAUAUGGAGUCUGCAACUGGGUUCCUGGCUCUUCCAUCUUGAGGAAGGAAGCUCAUGAGAUGUUUGGCUGAUCAGGUUCUGGAAAGACUUGUCCUCAGUACCAGUUAUAACAGAAGUUAUGGUUUUUUGUUUUUGUUUUGUUUCUGAUUGCUUCCCCUCACCCAUCCCUUCACAUUUUUGCACCUCAAGCUGUUUCCCUUUUAUUUAUUUUAAUAAUUUUACUUUCCAUCCUCUGAACUCUGCUUAUCUGUGUGACUCUUAACAGUUUUCUUUUUUAAUUUUCCACAAAAUCAACUUCAACUCCGACAUCUGACUGAAUAUGGUGGCCAGGUGGAGGAUUAUUUACCACCAUGUGUUUGUUCUAACCAUUGACUAAAGUUGUCAUGACUCAACGGGUCACAUAAUUCUGUUUUGUAAAAAGCAUUGUGUAUACAUGUUUAAUGAUGCUAAAUAGGAUUUUUUAUGUGAUUUUGUAUCUUAAGUCUCAGUUGUAAAAAUGUUUUUCAUUUGGAAACAGGAAUAAUUUAAAUUGCACUCUUGUACAGCACUUGCAUCAUGAAUAAAAAAUAUUUGCUCA